AUGACCAAUCCCUUCCCAUCCACCAUCCCCUCCAACUCUUUUCUUCCUCUCUUUCCCUCUCUCCAACCAAGGAGUUGGAAGAAAAUUUCGAUAGAGAUCAUGUCUUGCCUAUUCCAUAUUCUUCCUAUUAUUUUUUAUGUCUACUUUCUCAGACUUUCAACUACAGUUACUGGACAAUACAAAGAAACAAGUUCUAUAUACUACCUUGAUCCAGGCCUUCCCUCAACUUGGAACAACAGCAAUCCAGAUGCCAUGGAUGGAUGGGAGAUGACAGUUUUACUAGAAAAUAGAAACCACACAUAUAAUGUUGGUUUCUAUUGUGGAUUUUACUGCACUGGAAACUGCAGUUCCUACCUGUUGUCGAUUGUUGCUUUUGGAAAUGGAGGUCAUAAUGUAGUUUGGGCAGCCAACAGAAAUCGUCCCGUUCGAAAGAAUGCAUCUGUGCAGCUGACAAGCAAUGAAGGCUUAGUACUACGAGACUCCGAGGGGAUACGAGUGUGGUCAACCAAUAUAUCAGGUAUUUCUGUAUAUGGAAUGAACCUUACUGAAGAAGGAAAUUUGGUUCUAUUUAGUAAUGAUGAAGAAUAUAAGAUUUGGCAAUCUUUUGAACAUCCCAGGGACACAUUAUUAAUUGGGCAGAGUUUAACAAAGGGUCAGAAACUUGUUGCAAGUUCCUUCACGUCCUUCUGGAUGGAUGGCCCUUUCUAUGCCCCACAUUAA